AUGGCUAGAGGAAUUAUGAAGAAGAUUAAUGAAAUUAGCACUCUUUGUGGAAUAGAAGCCGGUGCAAUAAUUUACGAGCAAAACAAUCCUGAAGUACAGGUUUGGCCAUCAGAUUCAGGGGUUAGAAGUGUGAUAUCCAGGUUUAGGAGUUUGCCUGGACUAGAACGAAGUAAAAAGAUGGUGGAUCAAGAAGUAUUCUUGAGGCAAAGCAUUGGAAAAGUCUAUGAGCAGUUGAAGACACAAAUGAAGGAAACCAGAAAGAAGGAAAUGACCAAUAUCAUUCAUCAUUUCAUUCAUACCACAGAAUUUAAUGGAUAUUUAAUGAGCAAACCUGAUCUUAAUGAUUUGUCCUAUGUUAUUGAUGAGAAUUUGAGGGAGGUCAAUCAAAAGAUGAAAGGAAUGCGAAUUGAAGAUUGA